CACGCACACACAGACACACACACACGCAGACCUCGCUGUCCGAAGUCCUUCAAUCGGCGGGGCUCAGAGCCAUCGCACCUUGGCAGCCUCUCCUCAAAGAGCAGGUCGGUUCCAGCAUGAACGCUCUGCAGAGCUACGAUAGCGGCUCGGAGGAAGAUUAUGCUGGACCCUCCAAGCCAUCAGCAUCCAUCACUGCCGUCGCAGCACCCGCCGCUCCGGUAAAGAGAGCGCUAUCUCCUGACGAAGAUGACGAUGUGACCGUCGAAGCAAGCGACGCCUUUGGCCUCCAAAAUCUUUCCGGAGGUGACGCAUCAGCCAGUGACGAUGCCCAAAGGAACAAGGCGAGCAAGAGAUCAAGGGAAGAGGCUGACCGAAAAACGGGUAACGGCGCGGCAUCUCGGUCACAAGCAGGUUCCUCCGAUGCUCUGACUGUCACCGCCGCUCCGGGCGUGAUCGAUGCUGAUCCAUCGGCUGCACAGUUGCUCACGAGACCCAGCGAUACCUCUAUGCACGUCAAUCUGCGAUAUACCGACAUGACCGCGCCCAUCAUUGGUCCCGAGAAUCCUUUCGCAGCCAGACCGCUUGGGUCGCAAGCCAAUACGCUGACUGGCCACAUUGAAGACGCUGCCAUGAGUGACUUCGACUUUCGAGCUCAGCAGCGCACCUUUGAGUCUCUAGGAUACGCCAGGAAUCCAUCAAAUCUGGCUCACAAUGGCGGAAACAGCUUUGUGGGAGAUAGAGCGAGAGCGUUGGCGUUGAAUGGCGCUUCUGCGUUUGAGCUGCGUGGUGGGGACGGCGAGAGCAGGAAAGCUGCGAGAGCAUUGAAAAAGCAACGCAAGGGGCAAGACGGAAGCCUGGAGGAUGUGGGAGAAGGCGGAUAUGCAGGUCCUUGGGGAGGCUGGCACGGCGAAAAGGUGAAUGUCGCAGAAGGUGUCGGUCCCACACCCGAGGAAAUCAAGCGUGCAGAGGAGAGAAGCACGAACAGGCAGCUGGAGAAGCUUGAGAUGGAAGCACGAAGACGGCGAGAGGAUGCGGCGGGCACUGAAAAGAGCGUCUUUCAUGGAAAGUCCAUGUACGAUUACCAAGGCAGGACGUAUAUGCAUGUGCCUACUGAUGUGGAUACCAACCUCAAGGGUCAACCCGGUACAGAACAAAGCUUCAUUCCAAAAGCUUGCAUUCACACAUGGACGGGCCACACAAAGGGUGUAAGCGCCAUUCGCUUGCUACCUGGCAGCGGUCACCUGAUGCUGAGCGGCAGUAUGGACACUCAGGUCAAGCUCUGGGACGUAUAUCACGACGGCAAAUGUCUCAGAACUUACAUGGGCCACAAUAAAGCGGUACGAGAUGUUACGUUUAGCCCUGACGGUCGACGGUUCCUGUCGGCCUCUUACGACAGGCAAAUGAAGCUUUGGGACACGGAAACAGGCCAGUGCAUUCGAGCAUUUUCCAACGGAAAGGUGCCUAACGUCGUGCGCUUCCACCCCGACAAGCCAAACAUUUUCUUGGCGGGGAUGAGCGACAAGAAAAUCACUCAAUUCAACACGGACGAUGGAGAGGUAACGCAGGAGUACGACCAACAUCUUGGACCUGUCAACUCCAUCACUUUCGUCGACGAGAACAGGCGUUUCGUCACGACCUCUGACGAUAAGACGAUGCGAGCGUGGGACUUUGACAUUCCAGUCGUGGUCAAAUACAUUGCGGACCCAACUAUGCACUCGAUGCCUGUGGUGGCGACGCAUCCAAACAGAAAAUGGCUGGCGUGCCAAUCGCUCGACAACCACAUCAAUGUCUUCGCAUCGGACAGCUUCCGGCAAAACAGGAAAAAGAUCUUUUCGGGGCACCACAUUGCGGGAUACGCUUGUCAGCUCGGCUUCAGCCCUGAUGGUCGUUUCAUCUCGAGCGGCGACAGCGAGGGGAAUGUGGUCUUUUGGGACUGGAAGAGUGGCAAGCUGCUCAAGCGCUUGAGAGCUCAUAAGGACGUCGUCAUCAGCCACGAAUGGCUGCCCCAUGAAACGAGCAAGCUUGUCACGGGCUCGUGGGACGGUACGAUCAAGCUCUGGGACUGAUACCUGAUUCUGUGCUUGACUUGCUAUUGGUACUCGCAUGCAGUCUUUUCGCGCGAGCAUGCACUCUGCGAUAGAGAGAUUUCUUGGAGUUCUGAGGACCGAACGAUACUUGCCAUCCUUGCAAAUCUCUCUCGAGCACAAUGCAGAAGCGAAAUCAGUAUGCGGCGUUGUGUUUCUCGAUUCAGAGUUGCCAUUCGUUCUACUCUUGUUUCGCGAGCUUCCUGCAUUCUGGAUACACUCGUGUGCUUGCUCAUCUCAAGGCGAUGAACGAUGAACAAUUCUAGUGUAGGAUCUUUCGGCGGCAUCGUAUCACGCGUGCAUGCUGCUCGGAAUCGAGGCUUUGAUCAAGUUGGGCAGGGCUAGGCUGAGCGUACACGCCAUCCGAGAAAGGCAUCGUCAACUCAAAG